AUGGGUUCCAUUCUACAAAGAAAACUAGCUUUCUCUCUUUUAUUCUUGAUCACUGUGGUGUUCUCUUGUUGUAAAGUUAAUUCGAAAUGUGAAUUCAAAGCAAUUUUCAACUUUGGAGACUCGAACUCUGACACAGGAGGAUUUUGGGCUGCUUUUCCAGCUCAAUCAGGUCCAUGGGGAAUGACUUAUUUCAAGAAACCAGCCGGUCGUGCUUCAGACGGCCGUCUCAUCAUUGAUUUUUUGGCGGAAUCUCUUGGAAUGCCUUUCCUAAGCCCGUAUUUGCAAUCUAUUGGAUCUGAUUUUCGACACGGCACAAACUUUGCGACGUUAGCAUCUACGGCUCUUUUGCCAAAGACGUCCUUAUUUGUCUCCGGAAUCAGCCCUUUCUCACUCGCUAUUCAACUGAACCAGAUGAAACAUUUCAAGGUUAAAGUCGACGAGUCUCAUUCCUCGGGCCCACCAGGAUUGCCUAUCUUACCUUCUAACGAUGUCUUCCGAAAAUCGCUAUAUACUUUUUAUAUUGGCCAAAACGAUUUCACAUCGAAUUUGGCUAGCAUUGGAGUGGAUGGUGUGAAGCAGGAUAUUCCACAAGUCAUAGGCCAAAUUGCUGGAACGAUUAAGGAAAUAUAUGGAAUAGGUGGUCGGACAUUUUUGGUAUUGAAUUUAGCACCGGUUGGAUGUUAUCCGGCAAUUUUAACCGGUUAUAAUCAUACCGUUUCGGAUUUAGACAAAUUUGGAUGUCUUAUUCCCGUAAACAAAGCCGUCGAAUAUUACAAUGCGUUAUUGAAAAAGUCAUUGUCCGAUACCAGAACCGAGCUUAAAAACGCCACCAUCAUUUACUUAGACACUCACAAGAUAUUGCUUGACCUCUUUCAACACCCCAAAUCCUACGGUUUGAAACAUGGAAUUAAAGCUUGUUGUGGGUACGGUGGACAUCCGUACAAUUUCGAUCAGAAAUUGUUUUGCGGCAACUCCAAAUUGAUUGGAAAUGCUUCUAUGACGGCCAAAGCUUGCCGUGAUCCGCACAAUUACGUAAGUUGGGACGGAAUUCACACGACGGAGGCUGCAAACCACCGCAUAUCGAUGGCCAUUCUCAACGGUUCGAUAUCAGAUCCUCCGUUCACACUCAGUUACCUAUGUCCGUCUUAA